UUCUAGCAUUUUUAUUAGUCUUGAGCGAAAGAAAAAGCGACCGCUUCUUAUCUCCUAACGGACAUUCAACAUUUCUCUGCGUUACAAUGGCUGAGAGGGAGAAUUCUCAGCCGGCAGUGGAGAUCAAUAGGCUCCGUUUCACCUACCCGGGAAUCGACGGCCAUCCUCCCCCUGGGUCCACCCCUUUGAUCGACGAAUUUUCUCUCACCCUCAACUCCGGCGAUCGUUGCCUCCUCGUCGGGUCUAAUGGCGCCGGGAAAACCACAAUUUUGAAGAUAUUGGGAGGGAAGCACAUGGUCGAACCUCAAAUGGUUCGGGUACUUGGAAGAUCGGCUUUUCAUGACACCGGUUUGACGUCGUCUGGUGACCUCUGCUAUCUCGGAGGAGAGUGGAGGCGUGAAGUUGCAUUUGCUGGAUUUGAGGUUCCAAUACAAAUGGACAUUUCUGCUGAGAAAAUGAUAUUUGGGGUAUUUGGUAUAGAUCCUCAGAGGAGAGCUGAACUAAUUAAGGUAUUAGAUAUUGAUCUAUCAUGGAGAAUGCACAAGGUGUCAGAUGGUCAAAGAAGAAGAGUGCAGAUAUGUAUGGGUCUUCUCAAGCCAUUCAAGGUUCUUCUUCUUGACGAGAUAACAGUUGACCUCGAUGUGCUUGCUAGAUCAGAUCUUCUGAGGUUUCUUAGGAAGGAAUGUGAAGAACGAGGGGCCACUAUUAUCUAUGCAACACAUAUAUUUGAUGGCCUUGAGGAUUGGCCUUCACAUAUUGUUUAUGUGGCUCAGGGAAAGUUGCAAUUGGCAAUGCCAAUGGAUAAAGUUAAGAAGAUCAGUAAUUUGUCACUUAUGAGAACAGUAGAGAGUUGGCUGAGGAAAGAAAGAGAUGAAGAAAGGAAACGAAGAAAAGAAAGAAAGGCAAGUGGUCUUCCAGAAUUUGAUGAAACCAUUGAUGGCAGCCGCGUGAUUGGUGAUCCGGCCCGUGCUGCUGUUCGUGCAAUGAACAACGGGUGGGCGGCAGGAAGACUGCACUCCACUGUUGCAGGCGAAGAGAAUUUUUCCUUCAGCUCAAACAGAGUUUUGCGGCAGUAGAUAGAUUCAAUUCAAUUAAAAAGUAUCUACAAUAUCUUGAGAUUCAACAUGAUACAAAAUCUGCGUUGUUCUCGGUAAUAAGAACAUGGCCAAUUUGAUGAGCAUUGUUCUCUUACGUUGCUUGGCCUUGUGACUAGAAUGGCCAAAACAAGACUAAAAUGCACUUUGGUCACUGAAUUUUCAAGAUUUCUCAUCUUGGUCACUAUAUUUUUUCCCCGUAAAUGAUUGCUGUACAUUUUAAAGUGUUUCAGUCCAAUAACCGUAUGAGGUUUGCUAUGAGUAGCAGCAAUUUAAAAUGCACAAAGCUACAUCAGGAGAAAAUAAAUCUGUGACAAAGAAAGAAAUUUUGAAAAAUUGUGGCCAAAAAUGCCUCUCAAUCAAUUUAGUCAAAUGAGAUAAUCUUCCCACCA